AUGGCCGCUCCGUCGAACAAGACUACCAAGAACCUUAAUGGUCGCUGGACUAUGAACAAGACCCUCUCCGACUCGUCGGAGCCGGUCCUCGCCCUGCAGGGCAUCGGAUUCCUCACGCGCAAGGCAAUCGGCCUGGCCACCAUCACCAUCGAGGUGCGCCAGUACGAGGGCCCGCCGAAGCCGCCCAACACGGCGACGGACACCGUGACGCACAUCGACAUUGUCCAGUCGGCGUCGAAGCUGUCGAGCACGCAGGAGAACCGGUGCUUGGACGGCUUCACACGCGGGCACACGGACUGGCUGUUUGGCACGGUCGAGGGCUCGAGUCGGUGGGUCUCGCUGGACGAGGUGACAGACGAGUUCCUCAAGAAGGGGUGGGAGGUCGAGGGCGAGGGCAAGAGCUUCAUUACCAACGUGGCCAAGAACGCGGAGAGGGGGUGGGUUGCGGAGCAGGUCUGGGGGUUCCAGAUUGUGGACGGGGAGAGGAGGUAUUGCCGGCAUGUUGUUGUGACCAAGGGGGAGGAGAGGGCGCAGAUUCGGCUGGUGUAUGACUUUGAUGGGGAGUUGGACGAGUGA